AAAGCAACCAUGAGCUCCGACGGCGGAGACGAAGUCAAGUCUGGCCCGCCCCAGGCAGCCAUGGACGGAUUCUGGGAGAGCCUCAUUACCAAGAAGCCCGCAAAAGUCACAAAAAUCUUCCCUCCAAGCCUGUAUGCAAAUCUGCUUCCUCCACAGAACCCUGUUGGUGCUGCGACGGGGAAAAACGCGGCCGAAUCAUACAAGGCUGCAGCUGCCGAGUGCAGCGCUCGCGUCAAGCGCCUCGUCCGAGAAUGCAUCCGCACAAACGAGAAAUUCACCGACCCAGACUUUGACAUUACCAAUCUGGCCAACAAGAAUUGUCUCGAGGGCCUCAGAUAUUGGUACGAGGAUAAGAAGGAAGAAACUACAGCAUCCAACAAGCAGAGUGGCCCCAGAUCCGUCCACCGGCUCGACUGGAUAUUCGAAAAGCCCGAGUUCGUCAUCGAUGGCUUCUCCAGCUCUGAUCUCAAGCAGGGCGCCAGCGGCGAUUGCUGGUUCAUCGCCGCCGUGUCGACCAUCUGCAGCAACCCGGACCUCAUGGACAAGGUCUGUGUUGCCAGAGACGAGGAAUGCGGUAUCUAUGGUUUUGUUUUCUAUCGAGACGGCGAGUGGGUCUGGACUAUUGUCGAUGAUAACCUCUACGUCACGUAUAACGACUUUGAUUCCGCGUGGGGCGACCAAUAUGAUCCCACCAAUGCCAGGGAGACAAAGUACAAAAAGAACUACCAGACGGGCUCCGACGCCCUGUAUUUCGCCUCGUGUGCCGACGAGAAUGAAACUUGGCUUCCGCUUUUGGAAAAGGCCUACGCAAAAGGCAGGCGCUUGCACGGUGACUACGCGGCCAUUGUUGGUGGAUGGAGCGGUGAGGCCGUCGAGGACUUGACAGGAGGCGUCACAACCAAAAUUCUGACAGACCGCAUCUUGAGAAAAGACCGGCUAUGGGAAGAGCUCAAGCAAGUCGGCAAGAAGUUUCUUUUUUCAGCCUCAUCGCCAGCAACGUACGGCGACGACUCUGUUGCGCGCAGGGGUCUCGCACUAGGCCAUGCCUAUUCCGUCUUGAAGGCGGUAGACGAACAAGAUGAAAAGGGCAAAAAAUACAGAUUAGUACUGAUACGCAACCCCUGGGGAAACAGAAUCAAUGCCGGGCUAGGCGAGUGGACAGGGCCAUGGAGUGAUGGAUCCGCUGAAUGGACCCCAUACUGGCUCAACAAGCUGGAUCACAAGUUUGGAGACGACGGUCUUUUCUGGAUGUCUUAUGACGACAUGCUCAAGCGAUUCAACUUGCUUGAUCGUACCCGCCUCUUCGACGAGCAAUGGAACAUUGUCCAGCGCUGGACAAGCGUUUCAGUCGCCUGGGUCACCGGCUACCUCAACACAAAGUUCUCCGUCGACAUCAAAAAGGGCGGGCCAACUGUCUUCGUGCUUUGCCAGCAGCUCGACGACCGCUACUUCAAAGGGCUAGACGGAAAAUACGAGUUUGAUCUUCAUUUUGUGCUGCAAGAAAAGAAUGCCGAAACAGGCGACCACAUUGUGCGUGUUCGCGGGCCGUGGUUUGGAAAUCGCAACGUCUCGGCUGAGGUCGACCUCGACGCCGGCGUGUACGAAGUGGUACCCAAGAUCGUAGCCAUACAGGACCCAGACGAGCCCGAAGUCCUCGACGUUGUCAAGAAGCUUGCGGAGCGCAACCCGCAGAAGCUGCGGCAGAUAGGCCUCAACUACGACAUUGCCAAUGCAAAAGGCGUCGUUGCAGUGUCUGAGGAAGAGAAGAAGAAGAGGGAAAAAGAGAAGAAGGAAGCAGCGGAGAAAAAGGCAAAGGAGAAGGAGAAGCACGAUAAAGAGAAGGCUGAGUUUGAGGAGUGGAAGAAGGUCGAAAAGGCAGAGUACGAUGCGUGGAAAAAGCGAAAGGAGCUCGAGGCCAAGGAGCAGCUGCGAGCCAAGGAAGAAGCUGCAAAGGGGGCCAAAGAAGAAGCCAAGGACAGUGAGACUCAGACGACGAAGACGGAGCAAAGCGAUGCUACCACCACCACAGAAGCACCAGCGGGAGGAGAAAAACAUAAAGACUCCAAGCCUACUCCUACUCCUGCGACGAAAACAGACCAAACCGACGCUACUGCUGCUGUCACAGAAGCACCAGCAGAAGGAGAAAAACACAGAGACUCCAAGCCUGCUCCAGCUCCAGCUCCUGAUGCAGGCUCUACAGACAGCACCGCCAAAGACACCGCCCAGGACACCGCCAAAGACACCGCAAAACAAGAUACCACACAAGACAGCACCACCACAACCACUACGACGCAAGCCACCGAUACCAACACCAACACCGCCACCGAAAACCCCACUUCCACUUCCACCACCACUGCAGACGCCUCCGCCUCCACCACCACCAGCGACACCACCCCCCCCAAGCAGCUCCCGUCACCAGCGACCCAGAUCCCUCGCCCACCUCCUCAAGAAGAAGAAGAAGAAGAAAACGAAGACCCCAAACCCUGGAACGCAGUUUGCAUCCUGGGUCUCCGAGUCUACAGUCUCGACCCGGAUAUCAGCAUCCAGCUUGUCAAGCCGCGGAGUGACGAGGAGGCGGCGAUUCUUGACGUCGAUGGCGGGACGACGCAGGCGGGUGCGACUAUGUAA